GGCGAGCUCCCCCCGUGGUCCCGGAGCCGCCCCGGGGCGGUGCCGCGGCUCCCUCAGGCCUGCGCGGCGGAGGCGGUGGCGGCGGCCAUGGAGGUGCAGGUGGCGCCGCUGCGGGCCUGGGACGAUUUCUUCCCCGGCUCGGACCGCUUCGCCCGGCCCGACUUCAAGGACAUCUCGAAAUGGAACAACCGAGUGGUCAGCAACCUGCUCUACUACCAGACCAACUACCUGAUGGUGGCCGCCGCCGUCGUCGCCAUCGUGGGAUUUCUGAGUCCCCUGAAUAUGCUUAUUGGUGGCACUGUGGUGGUCCUGGUGUUCAUGGGGUUUGUGUGGGUGUCACACAACAAGGACAUACUCCGCAGGAUGAAGAAGCAGUACCCAACCACCUUUGUAAUAGUCAUUAUGCUGUCGAGCUACUUCUUGAUCUCCUAUCUGGGAGACGUCAUGGUGUUCAUGUUCGGGAUCACUCUUCCUCUCCUCUUGAUGUUUGUCCAUGCUUCCCUGAGGCUCCGGAACAUAAAGAACAAGCUGGAGAACAAAAUGGAAGGAAUAGGUUUGAAGAAGACCCCGAUGGGCAUCAUACUGGAUGCCCUAGAACAGCAGGAGGAUAGUAUCAACAAACUGGCUGACUACAUAUCGAAAGCAAAGGAGUAAGCAACUGCAAUGCGGCGAUUUGCCUGCUGCAGGAGUGUAAUUGCUAUUUACUAUUGUUCGAGCUUGCUUUCAGUUUGUGUACAAAACAAGAAAUGCACAUGUGGUACAUACAGAUUAAUAGUUGCAGGAUACAGGUAUUCCAAGGUAUUCAGGGCUCCUCUGAGAAUAUAAGAAGAGUAACUUUUUUUCUAUUGUAUAGCAAAAUGUUUGGGUGUUUACAGAAAUACAUCCCAACUUAGACGCGUUUGCUUGUCUCUUCUUCUGGAGGCUAGAAGGGGAAGAGAUGGAAACCUCUGGAAUGCAGUCUCUCAGACAAACUGUCUUGUAGCACAUUUGUUAGUAAGAGUAACACCCCUUUCAUCUCUGUUCUACAAGGUGGCUGUCCAGCCAGUUUGGUUUGGGGUGUAGCACCUUCAGGCUGGCAGUGUUCAAGGUGAGCUGGAACCUAUCAAACACAGGUACUCUUGAAUCCUCAAACCCCCUAACUCCAGGGGUCUGUAUUGAGAUCAGACAGCUAGCUUAACCAGCAAGCAGUAAAAACUGUGCAAUACUUGUAACCAAUAUGGGUUCCUGUCCUCACCUCACAUUCCUCCUUUGGUAGCUGGGAAACAGUCAAAAUAGAUCUAAGCAUGGAGAAUAUGUGUGGCACUGUGCCUCUCAGUUCCAGUAAACCACACCUUUGUUUUUCCUGAAAUCCUGAUUCUGUUACCCCCUGAAACUGCUCUUCCCUGCACGAGAGACAGAACUUCCUCACGUAACACCUGAACAAGCACGGGAGGAAAAAAGCUUGUGGAUAAGCUAGACGAGCUAGGUUUCUACCCCUGCUGAUGUUUUUAAACACUGCUACUUUAGGACUUACCUUGUUCUGCUUUAUUCUGUAUAGGCUGUUUUGUAGAUGAAGGUGGAUGUGUGUUUUUGUGCGUGGUUCUUUUUCUUCUUAACCAGAAUGCAAAGAUACAAGUAAAACAUGCAUCUCGCUCACUCUAGUCCUAACACUCUUCAAAGGAAUAAACUGGAUUUCAGGUUUACAAAUACAAGCAAUAAAUGUCAGGAUACAAUUAUUGAAGACCCAUUCCAAAUUCAUCAAGAUCCUUGCCUGUAACAACUCCUUAAAGUGGUGUGUGGGAUUCUUUUAUAUGUAUUUUAACCAAACUGCCAGCUCUGAUGGGAUUGUCUUGCUAGUAGGAGCUUACAAAAUAUAAGGGGGAAAAAGUUGUCCAGGUGACACUCCAUUUCGAGUAUUCUUGCAUUUCUCUUUUUCUAAUAAUUACAUAAUCAAGCAAACAUCCUUGAAGUUGAAGCUUUUAUGUAACUUACCAUGCUGUUUUCAUAGUGAGCUGUGUAGAAAUCCGAACAUGUCAUUCCAUUUAAGUGUUAAAGUGAUCAGUAUUUAUUGAAAAUAAUUCCAGCUGAAGAGUCGAUGGCCUGUUCCUCACUUGUAGCGCAUGGUCUUUGUUUUUGAAAACUGUUUCCACACUUAAAGGUAGUAGCCUAUGACUUCAUCAUUACUGUAGAAUUUUAAAAACUGCACAUUUACAAAGAAAAAUAAACUCUAAUGGUGA